AUGGCAGGCAGAUGUGACGUCACCCAGCUGGUUCCCCGCCUCUCGCUCUGAUUGGCCGCUCCCUCAGCGUGUGGGCGUGGCUUCCGCUGGUCGCGUUCCUGAGGGCCGCCAUGAGCCUGCAGUGGACGGCGGUGGCCACGUUCCUGUACGCGGAGGUGUUUUUGGUGCUGCUGCUCUGCGUCCCCUUCGUGUCCCCGGCCAGAUGGCAGAAGAUUUUCCGCUCCCGCCUGGUGGGGCUGGCCGUGUCCUACGGGAAUUCCUUCUUCAUCGUCCUCAUCGUCAUCCUCGUGCUGCUGCUGCUCGACGCGCUGCGGGAGACCCGUAGGUACAGCCUGGGGGACCGCGAGGCGCUGGGCAGCAGCCCGGCCGCGCUGGAGCACUUCCACAUGAAACUCUUCCGCGCCCAGAGGAACCUCUACCUGGCUGGCUUCGCCCUGCUGCUCUCCUUCCUCCUGAGGCGCCUGGUGACGCUGAUCUCGGCGCAGGCCGCCCUGGGUGCCUCCAGCCAGGCGUUCCGCAAGCAGGCCGAGGGCGCCAGCCAGGCAGCCCGGCAGUACCUGGAGGACAACGACGCCCUCAGGAAGCAGCUGCAGGAGUCUGGGGGGGCCCCGUCCCCCACCCGGGACGAGAACGAGACCCUCAAGGCCAAAGUGGAGUCGCUGAAGGAGGAGCUGGAGCUCAGCAAGAAGGCCCUGGAGAAGGCCGAGAGCGAGGUUCAGGCCAUGCGGCGCCAGGCCCAGGGCCUGACCCGGGAGUACGAUCGGCUGCUGGAGGAGCACGCCAGGCUGCAGGCCGCCCACGAGGGACCCCGGGACAAGAAGGAGGAGUGAGGGGCGUGGCCACGCCAGACCACGCCCACAGCAGCUGCAAGCCACGCCCACAACGGUUACAAACCCCGCCCCCGGGACCAGGCCACGCCCCCAAAGCCGCGCGCUCUGCCCAAGCCCCGCCCCCCGGGACCAGGCCCCGCCCCCGGGACCAGGCCACGCCCCCCCGGGACCAGGCCACGCCCCCAGCGCUGUUUUUGGGGGUGUUCUGGCGCCAUUUUUGGGGUCCAAAUCUCAUUGUGGGGGGGUCCAGGCCUCAUUUUGGGGGGGCUGAACCCCCCCUUUGUCCCCCUCCUCUUCCCAGGGGGGUUUUUGGGGGGCAGUGGGGACCCCUCCCCUUUUUUCUGCUUCAAUAAAAUCACCUUGGGUUGGGUC